AUGAAUAUCAGUAUGCGAUCGAGUCAAUCCUCCUACGGGGAUCCUCGCUAUCUCUCCAAUAUCUCCGACAUCCAACCACCGGGUCCACUCGGAAAGAGCCUCGUCAACGGCUACCGUGAUGUCGUCGACACACACAGUGAAGAGUCGCGGUACAACCCGCUCAACUCGGAUCACCCUCGCAGCUCCGCCCUAGUCAAUACCAAGGACCCCGUCACCAUGUUCCUCCUCGCCCAGACCGCCAUGGGGGACAGCACCGACUACGAGAUUCUGUCCUUCGAGGAAGUGGACGCUCUCAAGAAAGAGCGCCACCUCUUGGCCGGUCGCAUCGCAGGCACCAAGCGAAGACUAGCGUUGGAGACCAAACUGCGGGAUGCGGCCCAGUCCAUCGGCCGUCUCUACAGUCCGCCCAGCCCUCGGAGCAGCGGCGAGUACGGAGAGAAGUCGCAUCGCAGGAGCAGGAGUAUCUUCGGAAAGAGCGGCACCGCUGAGGCCCUGAGCAAGACCGAUUCAGAGCUGGCGGCCAGCCAGCGCAAGUGUGAGGAGUUGGCACAGGAGCUGUGGAAACUAGAGCGUCGUGAACAGCACAUCAAGGAGCGGUUGCUGGAGCAUACCGCUGGUGUCUUACAACUGACCCACAAGGGCCUCAAAAAACCGAAAACCUCCGAUGCCGAGGGGGACAACCCUUACGACGAGUUUGACGACCGCAGCUUGUAUCGCACGCCGGAACACAUCGAUAAUUUUGGGUUGCAAGGGAACAUAAAUCCCGCCGCCGCGCAGGCGAUUUCCGAUGGACCGAGCUCCGAGGCUGAGGGUGCAUGGCGUCAACAGAUUACGGAGCUGAAUCGUCGGGUGCAAAGUAUUGUUGAACGGUUUGGACUCACGCGCUCGCCUACACUGCCGCCUCCCCCCAGCGCUAAUGAAGGAGAGGGCCUGGAGGAGCAGCUUGACUACCUUCAGACUGGUAUCAACGGGUUGGAAAGUCGAGUCGAUGGUCUCUUGGAGCAGAAGACGAUUUUAACCACCCAAAUCCAGCAACAGCGUGAGCUGAACUCCAAGUCCGAUGCGGAGCGGGAUGCGCACAUUGCCGACCUGACCGAGCAACUGGCCCAUCUGCGCCGAGACUACGAUGUGUCCCAGCGUGAUGGCAAAGCUGCUCAGGAUGAGCUUGCCAUGGUGACGGAGCAAUUAGAGCAACUGCGUCAGAACGGCUCUCCUCAAGAUGAGGCAAAUGCUGCCUUGUUGCAAUCCGAAGGAGAAGUCGCGCGCUUGCAUAGUGUGGUAAGCUCCUUGGAGCACGAGUUGGAGAGCUUGCGGCAUGAGGUCGAUUCGAGCACAGAAGUGCAGGAGGCUCGGACUCGAGCCGAACAGCAAGUGGCUCAGCUUGAGGCCACCAUCGAACAAAUUCGCACCGAGAGCGCCGACCUCGUCCAGGAAGCAGAGGCGCGUGCUCACCAGGAAGCAGGAGAGCGCAUUCGGGACAUAGAAGAAAGUAUGCAGACAGUAGAGGAGCGUGCCCUGGCGGCAGAGGAGCGCGUGCAGACAGCAGAGAAUCACAUUCAGGAGGCACGAGCCCUUGCCCAAGAGGCAGAAGAGCGCCUACGGGAAGCAGUCGAUCAACGCACAGAGGCCCAGGAAAACGCGACUCGUAUUCAGAAGGAAAUGGAAGAUAUGGAAAGCGAGCUUGUGCGGAUGUCCACCGAGCUGACCAUGGUCAAGGCUGAAUUGGAUGGGGCAUACGGCACUCGUGCCCAGCGAGCAGCCGACAUUGCUGGCAACCCCGAGAUCCAGAAAGAGAUCGACGCACUCAACACGCGCAAUGCCGAGCUGGAGAAGGAGAUUGCUGCGCUUAAGCAACAGGGCGGUGGCUCUGAUUCACAGACACGCGCUGAUACACUUGAGAAAGAGCUACGUGAAACUCUUGAUGACUACGAGGCCAUGACCAAGGCUAGCAUCGAGUUCGAGAAGGAGCGGGAGCGAUUCGAGAGUAUCAUCGACAACAUGCGUGAUCGCAUGGAGCAGCUCGAGACACAGCUCAGCGAGGAGCGCAUCAACUGGAUGAAUGUAAACAGCCCCACGUCUGUCGGUCGCGAUGGCGGUUCUGAGACUACUUCGACUAUGGUCCUUAAGAACGAGUUCAAGAAGAUGAUGCGCGAUACUCGGAACGAAAACCUGAAGAUUCUGAGGGCCGAGCAAGAAGAACGCCGCAGGAUCGAAGGCCUGCUGCGGGCUCUCCGAAAGGAGCAUGCCCAAGUUACGGGCAAGCCUGUGGCCAGCCCAAUCGGUACUCCCUUAUGA